CGGCCCUCUAGUGCAGGGUGGUUCUUAGCUUUUCAGGGAUCACACAAAAACCAUGAAAUACAAUGAAAUAUCUCACAUCAGCCACCCCCAACACAAUCUCAAAUUUGAGUACUCAGAAUUUCCUUUCAAGUGUGAUGGGUGCAAGGAGGUGGGCAUAGGCUCGCGCUACAAAUGUGCCAUUUGCAACUUCGAUCUCCACAUGCACUGUGCGGUUUCUUCCCCAACCAUCUACCACCCUUUCUACACGAAGUGCUCCUUCCAGUUCCUCCUUCGCCCGCCGGGCAAUAUCUCGCGCUUUUGCAAUGCAUGCGAAAAGAACGUAACGGGUUUCGUGUACCACUGCAAGGCGUGCCAGUUUGAUCUCCAUCCAUGCUGCGCCAAGCUCCCUAUGGUGCUCGACGAUGGGGAAGUCAAGCUCGAUCUGUAUAAGAAGAUGAGCGCAGUUUGCCACAAGUGUGGACGGAAAGGGCGGAGCUGGAGCUAUAGAUCUAGGUGCAAGAAAUACAAUUUGCACGUGGCUUGUGUGAGGGAGAUGCUCAUGGAAAGUUGGCCGGAUAUUUAUGUUGGAGGUGGAAAAGGCAGGAACUUGGAGACAAGAAUUCCUAGCCUUAAGAAUACGCUUCAGAGCCACCACCAUAAGAGAAAGGGUAAGGUGGAAAAGUGUUGUGAGAUGGCUGGAUUGGCCUUGCAAUUUGUUAUAUCAGCAGUGCUGGGAGAUCCGACAGCUUUGAUUGCUGGUGUUAUAGGGUCUUUGAUGUCACGAGGAUGAUGCAUGUCCUAAUUUGGUUGAAUCGGUGUGGGAUUUCGCGAUGUUUGGUGCAUAUGUUCGUGGGGUUAGUUUGUUGUUGAUGUUGGUGAAUGAUCUGGAUGAUCAGGGUACGUAUAAUAUAGUAGAUAAUGGUCCUGUACAUGUAUAUGUACGUACCUAGCUAAAAUGUUAUAUAUGUAUGAUGCCAGGCCAAGUUUCUCAAAAUAAUUUCUCUUGUGAAAUGUAAUUAUGGCGCUUCG